AUGGUUUACGAGACACCCCGAUCGUCCCGUUCGGAAUCCCCCGUAGCCCCUUACCCCGGGUUCGAUUUCGAAGGGAAUCGUGUCUUCCCAUCUCCGAUACCCAGAGUGACAUGGCAGGGAGAGCCAAAUGCAAUGAAAAACCGCGGCACCGUUGGAAAAUGGGUGUUUGAUUACUACGCUGGAAAAUACGACUCGCCUCGGCCGGAACCAAGAUGUCCUACACCGGCAGCUAAAGAGAACCAUGAGCACGGCCGGAACGGGACGGUCGCGCGGCUAUUGAGAGAUUCAAACACAGCACGACCAUCCACUGCUCCUCCAAGGAUCAAAUCCGAGGCGGAACCUAUUGCAAGCCUUAGUCGUGGUAAACGCAUGAAAGUAAUCGUACAAAAAUAUGCUCAGUCGGCACCCAGUCCCAGAGUUCCAAGAGUCAAACCGGAAGCGGAAGAUAAUGCACAGGUUCAUAAAGGGGGGAGAAUGAACAAACUUGUUCAUAGUUAUGGAUGCAUUCCUCCGUCCCCUCGACCUGUUCCUAGAGUAAAAUCAGAGGCUGAAGGUAUUUCAGAUCUUAGCAAGGGAAAGAGAAUGAAAACAAUCGUGCAUGCACAUGGUCAACAACCGGUAAGUUCACGCGAAAAAGCAGUACCACGGGUGAAACCGGAAGGGGAAGACAAUGCAGAAUUGGACCGUGGAAAACGAAUGGAUAGGAUUGUUCACGACUAUGGGCGUAGCCUGCCAGACCGUGACAUACCAAGGGUGAAACAAGAGGGAGAUCCAAACUACAAACUAGAUAUGGGUAAACGUAUGAGUACUUUAUUACAUGACGUAACGAAAUACCCUGCGUCUCCGUGUCAUGUACCACGUGUUCGAUCUAACGAGGCAUCAACCAUCUUACGUAAAAGCCGUGGUCAAAUGGGACAUGUCCUACGACAGGCAGGUCAACGCACGUGCGUUCACAAACCUGGCAUACAAAAACACAUAUACGACAGACCAAAUUCUAAUAUGAUGUAA